UUCUCAGCCCAGUCUAGCCCGGUCAUAGGGUUUGUGUACGAUUGCGGAGCUCAAAUCAACAGGCAGCCAGUUUUGCCUAACGAAAUUUUUAACGAGCUGUAUAGAUAGAUUUCAUCAAAAAUUCUUGCGGUUGCGCUAUUCACGAUCGUUUUUCAUCUGGUUUGUUGGCGGUUUUAGUUUAAAAAUCAUCCCGCUCUACACAGCACGUAGACAGUACAAGUCGUGUCAGUCAACAAUAAAUGGAGAGGUGACGGUGUGUGCGCAGCUAAUUCUUUGCGAUUUAACCGAUUCGUGAUGUCUGGUGACUAAAGGGUGUGCCGAAUUGUGUCCCAUCAACCAUUGUUAUUGAGUCUGCUUAAUAGUGUCAAAGCUGCGUUGUAUCCGUGCAUUUCGAAAUGAAAUGAUGACGUCAAAGCCGUGCUCACCUUCCCAGUAGAAAACCCAGGAAAAAGGAGAGCCAGCGAACGUGUUUUCACCUUUGGCAGAGGGAAAACAACACUGCCCUCAAGCAAAAGAGAAACUUGGUUUUUCAUAGACGUGCUGAUAUGACCGUCAUUUUUAACGAAUUCCACAACUCUUAAACAAACUCAUUUCACUGUGUCCCUUUCUGUACCGGCCUUGGCGGUUUCCUACCGAAAUUGACCGUGCUACCGAACGUGAUCCUGCAAAUAGUGGGGAAAGGAAUCUCAUACGCCCCGUGACGACAAAAUGUUACAAAUUCGUCAUUCAAUUGUGGUCGUCGCUGUUGCCUUCAUAGGUUUAGCUGUGACAGAAUUUACGGGUUCCAUUCCUCGGCUGUUCCCGUCUGGCGAAGAACAGAUUUAUCGAACUGGCGCCAGUUUCCGGCUGACGUGUGAAGCUACAAAACCCGUUGAAUGGAAACAACCAAUCUUAUCGCAUCAUUUGGAAAGCAGUCAUAAUGACGAGGCCAUAAUCACUGAAGAAACAAUUCCUUCGCCAGUGGAUGGUUACGCGUACCGCUCCAUUCUCGAAGUAAAUGCAGCCACAAUAUUAGACACGGGCUAUUACAUCUGCCAUUAUGCAGGAAAUGAUGAUAUAGAAAAUCCCAAUGUGGCUGUUAAAACUUAUGUCUACGUCGAAGAUGAAUCGAGGUUAAUUGUUAGCGUUGGCGAUGAGGGCAUCGUCACCGUCGUGGCCCAUCAAUCAAGCCGUGAAGUUAUUCCUUGUAAACCUACCAGCCCAAACGUGGAGUUAACCUUGUUCGAUCCCAAUGGAAUGGUGGUCGAGCUGGAUAACAGCCAGUGGUCCUACGACCCCCAUGUGGGCUUUACCAUCAACAAUCCGUCGUUGGUGCACGAUCACGGUUACUACGAAUGCCUCGCUAGAAGCACCCAUCAGUACAACCAUAAGAAUCAAACGGUCUCCUUCUUCCUAAUAGUCCAGCCCGCAACAGCUGGAGCUCCAAAACCGCACAUCAACGACGCAUUUGCUAGCAAGAUAGCUCUUCGUGACAGUUUCCAACUGAAUUGCUCGGCGUCUUACGAUCCUGGUGUAACCAUCGAUCUGAAAUGGAUCGUACCCCAUCCCGACGGAAUAGAUGGCCGACGUGUACGAACUGGCAAAUUGUCCGUCAACAAAGGCUGGGUAGGCGGCAUGGAACAGCAAAUCGCCCAUCAAGUGUUGGAUGUCACUAAUGCUACCGAAGAAGACGAAGGCUAUUACAAGUGUAAAACCAUCGAUCAUACUCAGAAAUUCGAAUUGACUAGCGUUUUCAUCAAAAUUCAUGGUGAGGACGUGUCGUACGUCAACAUUUCUGAUAUCGGCCUCCAAUCAUAUUUGGAACAGCCGGCCAACGAGACAAUUAAAUGGGUUGUUUUUUACGAGGCUUAUCCCAAGCCACAAAUCAUCUGGUCAAAAGGCAGCCGAGAGAACGUCAUCAGGAAUACAACUUCAAAAUACGUUAUCAAAGACGAAUUGAGGAGAACCGUUUUGGAGAUCAAAGAGAUUGGACUUGCUGAUAGUGGCCAGUAUUUGCUCACCGUCCACACUAACAAAGUGCAAGAUACGCGUAGUUUUACCCUUCGUGUCACAGACAAGCCAAUAGUGAAAGCACAUACAGAUUCACACAGUAAAGCGGUCCACUUUAAUGAACGAUUCAAUGUGGGUUGCCAGAUUCUAGCUUACCCUGAAUCUGAUGUCAAACUGUUUUUUCGCGAAUGUCUUCCUCAAAAUCCUUGUGCCACUACGUGGAGCCAACUGCCAUUAAAUCAAACCUUUUGGCCGGACAAAACAUCGGGCAAUGAAGAAAAGAUUAAAAUCAGUAGAGUUGAUUUCCAAACGAAAAAACUGAUUGUAUCAGGACAAGCCAAAGUGGCUGGACAGUACAGAUGUGAAGCUUGCAACACGUUGGGUUGUACAGGAGGUCCUCAGGAUAAAAUUUCAGCUGUCCAAAUCUUUGUCAGCGAUUUGUCCAGUGACAGUGUCAAUGGGACAGAGCUGAUAAAAUCACAUCAGCUUAAUCCGGUGGCCGGAGAGAAUUUCAAUUUAACGUGCGGUGCUUUGUUGCACAAAUUCAAACGAGAAAUCUCCUGGUGGUGGACAGAUUCUAAUGGUCAAACAUUUAGAAUCACUAGCAACGACAAACCUCCAGGGGCAGUACUAUCGAAUAACUUGAAAAGAUAUUCGUACUCUGAGGUAUUGGAAUGGCCACGCAUAUCAAAAGAUGCUACUGGAACGUACAUUUGCCAAACCACCUAUCUGGACAAUAACUCGUUCAACACUUCGGUCACCAUUGAAAUCCUUUCUGGACGACCUCCGGUAAUUCGUAAUACCAGUAAUUCGGAUAUAUCCAUCGAGCAAUUUACCGAAUUAUCUCUUUUUUGCAACGCUGAUGGACUACCCACUCCGAAAGCCGAAUGGAUCAAGGACGGAACUGUCAUAACGGAAGGAGUGGCAUACACGGCGGCAGGCUGGUCACUGUACAUACGAUACGCCAACAUUAGUCACGCUGGAUGGUACACUUGCCGUUUCAGCAACAUAAAUGGCACGGAGGAGCGUACGAUGUUUGUGGAUAUUCGCGAAAAGCCCGUCCAUGCGGGAAUCAUCGUUGCCAUAGUGAUUGUUGUUGCCAUUGUUUUAGUUCUGAUCAUCAUUCUAGCCAAAAAAGUUCACCAAGAUAAGAAACACAAAGAAUUCUUCCGUGCAAAUCAACUCGACAUUUUCGACAAAGGAAAUCCGGAGAGCAUCAAUCCAGACUUGCCCAUCGACGAACAAACCGAAUUAUUGCCGUACGACAAACGAUGGGAAUUUCCUCGCGAUCGUCUUAAAUUAGGCAAGCAACUGGGAGCGGGAGCGUUCGGUAGGGUUGUUAAAGCAGAAGCUGAGGGCAUUGACGGCUGCGAACCAAUGACAACAGUGGCAGUUAAAAUGGUCCGCUCUCACGGUAACAUGAUUGGCUUGAAAGCCUUGAUGUCCGAAUUGAAAAUUAUGAUCCAUAUGGGCUCGCAUUUGAACGUGGUGAACGUCCUCGGAGCUUGCACGAAAAACGUGACCAAAGGCGAAUUGCUGGUGAUUGUUGAAUACUGCCGCUACGGUAAUAUUCAGAAUUACCUCAUCCGCAACCGAGCCAGUUUCAUCAAUCAAGUCGAUUCGAGAGGUUACAUCAACCCGUCCAUCGGAGAAGAUCAACUGGCCGAAGCAGACGCACAACGAGGCUACCAGGCGCCCAGGAGUCCACUGGGAAGCCAUUCGACCAGCAAAAACUACAGUGGCUCACCAUCGGAAAAUACUGAUAUUACUUUCCUCUCCAUGUCACCAACUGCAGGUGGCGCUAGACAAUCGGAGUUGGUCGAGGGAGUCGACAGCAAUGGACACACCAUCUUGACUUCGGCACCUUCCAGCUCAUCUGGCAACCAACCUUAUCCACCUUGGAGGUCGAAUUACCGUGGCGAUUACCGCGAUUUACCGGAACAACCUUUAUCCACUCGCGACCUGCUCUGCUGGUCUUUCCAAAUCGCUCGCGGCAUGGACUACCUCGCCCGUCGCAGGAUUCUUCAUGGUGACUUGGCAGCGCGUAAUGUCCUACUCGCCGACAACAAUAUCGUGAAAAUAGCCGAUUUCGGCCUGGCGCGCGAAGUCUACCGAUCUGGAAAUUACAAGAAGAAAGGAGAGGGACCUUUACCGGUCAAGUGGAUGGCUAUUGAAUCGAUUGUUGAUCGGGUGUUUUCGACCCAGUCAGACGUGUGGUCAUUCGGCAUCGUUCUUUGGGAGCUUUUCUCCCUCGGCAAAACUCCUUAUCCGGGAAUGGAAGCUGAUGAACAGUUUUUCAUCAGAUUGCGACAAGGCUAUCGUAUGGACAAGCCAAAAUAUGCGCCCAACAAGAUCUACCAGUUCAUGAAAGAUUGUUGGCUGCAUGACCCUACCGAAAGACCGGAUUUCACGACCUUAUCUGACGCGUUGGGCGAACAACUGGACGCUUCCGUCAGGCGUCAUUACAUCGAUCUAAAUGACGCCUACAUCGAGUCGAAUAAUGCCAAAGAAUCAACUGAUUACUUGAGCAUGAUGAAUCCAGUGAAUUACGUCAAUGUCGGCAGUGGACCAUCUCCCAUGCCUGGACGCCAAUACGCUAAUCUACCAUCUACCAGCGCCAUUGAAGAAAACAAUGACCAAACAUCGCAUUACCUGGCCAUGGGGAGCGUUGGUUUACCGAGCGAUAGCCUUCCAGGUGAUGGUUACUUGUUCAUGACGAACGCAGACUCCAGGACGCCGAUCUCACGCGAUAGCGGCAUUCGCAUGGAUUCCACUAGUUCCGAGUUAAAAUUUUCAAACAAAUUGCGUAUGGUCGAUGAAGAGUUGCCAAACAGUUUAGAAAUGCAUCCGAUGCUGGGCCCAGCGUCGCCCAAUCAAGUGGAGACAGGCCCAAAGAUCAACGGUUUUUCCAAUCCUAAUUAUCAGAAUCCACCUGUGAUCAAGUGUUCCGACCUGGACGAUGUUCCCUUGGCCACGAAGAAAACCAAUUCACCGGCGAUAGGCAAACAAUUGUAUGUCAACGUAAAUCAAUCGCCUGCCAGCGAGGACGAAGAGCCACACUACGUCAACCCUAAAAACAAUGCAAGAAUCGUUUGAUGACGCAACGCACAUCUUAUCGCGCUUUGUUUGUUAAGUGUCUGUAACUGUUGUUGAUUCAUUGGUGUGUGUGUGUGUGCUCCCUGUCUGUAACGUCUCGCGAGUUUACAUCAAUUACUUAAAUGCCCCGUUUUCGUAACGGACAUUCAGUGAUUGAAAGCCACGUUUCAAAAGCUUGGCAUUACGGCUGAGUUUCAUUUCGAUUAGUUAACACCAUGUAGAGUCAAAUGUGAAUGUAAUCUGAUAAAAAGAAAAGAUGUUUACUACGUUUUAACAACCGCUUCGCUAAGGAUUACGCAUCGAACGUUUUAUCAGUUCAAUUGAAACAGGGCAUUAAUCAACUGUGUGUCAUCUGCAUUCGUUUACCAACUUGCUCUUGCGCUUCGAUUAAAACGAACAAUAUGUCCCUCAAUUUUAUUUGGGGUUUGCAAAAGCAGAAGAGUAUUUUUUUGCCUUGUAGCCAAAGCCAACAUAUGAUUAUUAUUAUCGUUGUAUUAUCGUUGCCAGCCAUUGCCGAAAAACGUACCUUUCAUUUGUUGUUUAACUGUGUUGCUUCAUUGUGCAAGUGUGAUCCAUGUUAUUGCCAAAAGUAUCCUCGAUCAAUAUUCCCAAAUAUUUUGAAAUCAUUAUCAAGAUUGUUUUAACUUGAUGUGCCCUCAAGUUUUGCACGACAUUGUUUUUUUUUGUCUCUCCCCUCAUUAAUACACGACAUUUAUUAAAUA